AUGCCAGAUUUGGGGAAACAGGGUCGUGAAUCAAUUCCUCCGAUGAUGAUCCAAAUAAAAGCGCUCGAUCUUGCUAUACAUGCUUUGAAAUUGUUUCUGCGAAUCACCUACCUCGCUCGAUCCGAAUCCAUCUGCAACUUCAGUUCGUCUUCUUCAAAGAUCAUGCCUGGGCAGAAGAUUGAAACAGGUCAUACAGACAUAAUCCAUGAUGUCUGUAUGGAUUACUAUGGAAAACGAGUAGCAUCCGCCUCCUCUGAUGCCACCAUCAAGAUAAUCAGUGUCACCACCACCACCACCACCACCACCGACACCUCACACCCCCUUGCCACAUUGACAGGUCACAAUGGUCCAGUCUGGCAGGUUGCAUGGGCCCACCCCAAAUUCGGGUCACUUCUUGCAUCAUGUUCAUACGAUGGCACUGUAAUAAUCUGGAAAGAAGGCAACUUAAACGACUGGACACUUGCUCACACCUUUAAUAACCACAAAUCAUCUGUAAACUCAAUCGCGUGGGCCCCACAUGAACUUGGUCUCUGUUUAGCUUGUGGGUCCUCUGAUGGGGACAUUUCAGUCCACACUGCCAGGUCAGACGGUGGGUGGGACACCACAAAGAUUGACCAAGCUCACCCUGUUGGCGUGACAACUGUCACGUGGGCCCCAUCAAUGACACCCGGAUCUUUAAUCGGGUCUGGUGUGUUUGACCCUGUUCAGAAGUUAGCAUCAGGUGGAAAUGACAACAUUGUGAAGAUAUGGAAUUUUGUUAAUGGAGAAUGGAAAUUGGAUUCCAUUCCUACCCUUAAAAUGCAUGGUGAUAUUGUAAGGGAUGUGGCGUGGGCCCCAAAUUUAGGGCUUCCAAAGAGCACAAUUGCAAGUGCUUCACAAGAUGGGAGUGUUGUGAUAUGGAGUGUGGGUGGGAAAGAAGGUGAGGAGUGGAAAGGGAAGGUGUUAAAUGACUUUAAAGCCCCUGUUUGGAGAGUGUCGUGGUCGCUAACUGGGAAUCUUUUGGCUGUUGCUUCUGGGGACAAUAAUGUCACGUUGUGGAAAGAAGCUCUUGAUGGUGAAUGGCAACAGGAUAUGAUGAUUUUAUGGGUUAAGCCAAAAAAACGGCUUAAUGUAUUAAGACACCAACUAUUUACAUGUCAAAAUUGA